CUGAACUCCAUUCCAAGUAAAAUGUAUUGGCCCAAAUACUGCAAUAAGAUUGCCGUCUCCACGUUAAACCAAUAGCCCCUGGUCCUUUUUUUCAGUUUCGGAGCUCUCGGCUCUUCCACCCGCUCUUUGCCCUUUGUCCGGCGGCCAUGGAAGAAGACGACGAGAACCCUCCACUCGCCGUUCGAAUCGAAGAAAUAAACGAAGAUAACGCGUCGGUAUCUCUCUCACAAUCCGAGGAUCUCCGGGGAACCGCAGGAGAAUCUCCGGUCGGAGUCACCGUCAUCACCGGCUAUCUCGGCGCCGGCAAAUCUACGUUAGUUAACUACAUCUUGAAUGCCCAACAUGGGAAGAGGAUUGCAGUGAUAUUGAAUGAGUUUGGGGAGGAGAUUGGAGUUGAGAGGGCGAUGAUCAACGAGGGGGAUGGUGGUGCGCUUGUUGAGGAGUGGGUGGAGUUGGCAAAUGGAUGUGUUUGUUGCACAGUAAAACACAGCCUCGUUCAAGCACUGGAGCAGCUUGUCCAGCGAAAGGAGAGACUUGAUCAUAUACUGCUAGAGACCACGGGCCUGGCUGAUCCCGCUCCCCUUGCCUCUGUUCUUUGGCUGGAUGAUCAGCUGGAGUCAGCAGUGAGACUUGACUCUAUUAUUACUGUUGUGGAUGCCAAGAACCUAAAGUUGCAGCUUGAUGAAUAUCGUGAUUACGCUUCAUUUCCUGAAGCUUUUCUUCAAAUUGCUUUUGCGGAUGUUGUAAUUCUAAACAAAAUUGACUUGAUAUCUCGUGAGGAUGGUGUACCUGGCACCUCAGAUGCUUUAGAUGACCUGGAAAAGGAGAUUCAUAACAUCAAUGCCCUUGCUACUAUCAUUCGAUCUUUGCGCUGCCAGGUUGACCUAUGCAAAAUAUUAGAUCGCCAGGCCUAUGGUGCUAAGAAUCUUUCUCAUUUAGAAGAACUGCUGGAAGAGCAUAAAUCCAUACCUUCUAGGAGCCAUCAUGACUAUAGUGUGCGCACUUUUUGCAUAAAUGAACAGCAGCCAGUUGAUUUGACUAAGCUUCGUUCAUGGCUUGAGGAUCUUCUGUGGGAGAAAAAAUCUAAUAUGGAUUUGUACCGCUGUAAAGGGGUGUUAAAUGUCCACGGCUCUGAUCAACUUCAUACCUUACAGGCAGUGAGAGAAAUAUAUGAGAUUGUACCUGCUCGCAAAUGGCAACAAAAGGAGAAACAAACAAACAGAAUAGUUUUCAUAGGUCGUAAUCUGGAUGUGGACAUUCUUGGUGAUUCUCUCAGAGCUUGCAUGGUACUGACUUAAAUACAUUUACUCCUGUUACACCUUAACAAUAAGGUUUAUGUGACAGGCUUUGUGUCAUCACAUCGCUGCCUUUUAUCAGCCAAGUUGUAGAAAGAAUCACCAGCUUCGACUGAAGUGGAUGGACACAUUGCGAAAAACUGGAUACGACAAGAAAAAUGAAUGAUGAAGAGCAAUCGAAUUUUGUCAGAACCCAUGGCAACUAUGAUGGAAGCUGGUUGCCAGAUCCAAGGAAACAGAUGCCUUGGUUUUGGUCCUCCCUGUUUGUUAUCUGGGAUGACCAGAUUCCCACCUAUUUUGUCCAUUCUAAUUUUCUGGUUAUAUAUUAACAAACUUUGGCCUGCAUGUAGGACGGUCUUCUCGAGAAUUCAGUCGCCUAACCCUUUGUAAUUGCAUUGAUACUGGGUAGCUUAGAUGGGAAAUCAAUAUUUUCACUCUAAUAUUUUUUGCAAUCUCAUUGUUGCUAUCAGACUAUAUCUGUUGAUCGAAAAGGGUAUGUAUCUGAUCAUUUCUUUAAUAGGAUGGCAUAACUUUGUACUCA